AUGGCUGACGCGGCGACAGCUGAUUCGCCAGCAGUGCGAGAGGUAGCUUCAGCAGCGCAGGGAGCGGAGCCGGCGGCGCCGGGAGCAGCGGCGCCUCGGUCGGUGUUGGUUCAGAAUGGGGUGGCGAAGGUGUGCCAGAUGUCGGCUGCGGACUUGCUGCGGUCUUACCCGCGAGGUGCAUACACCACAGCGCGCACAGUGGGUGUUCACUCCGUGCUCGAAUUCGACAUGCACGUGCAGCGACUGGUGGAGUCAGCAGGUCUGAUGGGUCUGGCAGUGGUGCCUGGUGGUGCGACGGGGGAGAGCAGUGGGCAUCAGGAGAAGGGGAGGGAUAGCUGUAGGGAUUCCCCUGACGCCCCUGCACCUCCUGUGCACACUGCUUCUGCUUCUGCUGCUGCUGCUGCUGCUGCUGCUGCUGCUGCUGCUGAUUCACAACUGACGUUUAAAAGUCUCCGUCCAGUGAUCAAGUCCGCCUUUGCACAGGCAAUAAAGGAGUUCCUCCAUUGCAAUGCCACUCUCCCACAUGCCACCACCACCAGCACUGCAACUGCCAGUCAAGCCACCCCUGCCGCCUCGACUUCUGCCGCCGCAUCCCCACCCCCCACUCUUGCUCCACCCUCCUCCUCCUCUUCCCCCUCCCCCUUUUCCUCCCCCUCCCCCUCCUCCUCGUCGCGUCCGCCCAUGGAAGUGCGCCUGACAGCGCUGCUGGCACCGCCCUCCUCGCCCUCCUCUACCCAGCCGUAUGACCUUUUUGUGCACGCGGCGCCGCUUCCCCCUCCGCCGUCGCCCCCUGUGCGGGUGGUGGUGGCGGGGCGGCCGCGCAAGAAUCCAGCAGCUAAGGACUCGGCAUGGGCGCGGGAGAGGGCGGCACUGGAGGAGGUGAAGAGGCAGCAGGGGGCGGAGGAGGUUCUUCUGGUGGACAGCGACGGCAGUGUUCUAGAGGGCAGCACCAGCAACUUCUUUGCGGUGGAGGCAGGCGGUGUGGUGGUGACAGCAGAGGAGGGCGUGCUCAAAGGCACCAUUCGUUCCCUCAUCCUCUCCGUCUGCCAGCAGCAAGGGGUGCCAGUGCAGCUGAGGGCACCCCAGGUGGGUGAGGCGCACAAGUGGCAGGGGGCGUUCAUCAGCAGCACCUCUCGCCUGCUGUUGCCCCUCGAUACCAUCCUGCUGCCUGCUUCCAAGGCACGUGCAUGUGGCAGGGGUGUGGGGCGUGGGGUGUGGGGCGUGGGGUGUGGGGCGUGGGGUGUGUGGCGUGGGGUGUGUGGCGUGGGGUGUGUGGCGUGGGGUGUGUGGCGUGGGGUGUGUGGCGUGGGGUGUGUGGCGUGGGGUGUGUGGCGUGGGGAGUUUGGCGUGGGGCAUGGGGUGUGGGGCAUGGGGCGUGGGGCAUGGGGUGUGGGGCAUGGGGCGUGGGGCAUGGGGUGUGGGGCAUGGGGAGUGGGGCAUGGGGCGUGGGGCAUGGGGUGUGGGGCCUCGGUGUAUGGGGCAGGGGUCAUGGAGUAUGAAGCAUGGGGCAGGGCACAGGAGGCCUCUGGGAUGUGGCAUGGGGCGUGGGGCAUUUUGCAUGGGGCGUCAAGCGCAUGA